UGAUCCAGACAUGAUGCCCCGUCUGCCGGGCGGCGGCAGGACAUCGUGCAGGACCACUGGCACGCUUUUGUCGGCGUGUCUGGUCUCCGCUUGUCAAGCCCUCCGGAGGUGCGGGGAGGUCCAGUGCGGCGAUGGCCAGCAGUGCUGUCAACCCAUCGUCACCGGCAACGGAAGUGCCACCUCCACGGUGCGCUGCUGCAAGCUCCCCAUCCACGUAUUCUUCGACAAUGUGGGCUGGUUUACGCGGAAGCUGUCGGGCAUCCUGAUCUUGUUACUGCUGUUUGCCAUGGGCUACUUCAUCCAGCGGAUCAUCUGCCCGCGGCCCCGCCGGCACCAGCACCACGACCGCAGCGAGGAGCCCUCCCUCUUUCACGGACACGCAUCAGCGUCCCAGGACUCCCUGCUGGACCGGUACCCCGAGUACAGCCUCGGGGACUUCACCUCUCCGUACCUGCCAGCCUACGACGAGGUCAAAUAUUUGCCCACAUACGAGGAAAGCAUGCAGGAGAUGCACAGAGACCGAUCUGAUGACAACUUGCUGUCGGAAAAUGAGAGGAGCGGUCAGGGCAGAGUGAGAGCAGCAGGACCGAGGGCUGGAGACCAGAGACGGGAUGUCCUGGAGGUGUCAGAACAGCAACACAGCCCAAGGACAUCUCGAAACUCUGUCUGACGGAAAACAGAGAUCGGGCAAAGAUACAGAGACAAUAUAGUAUUCUUAUUUUAAUAUCAUCAGGGUAAUUAUCUUGCAGAGAUACAAACUCAAGUGCAAUUAUAAUCCUGAAUGUUAAGAAUAAAG